AGACGAAUUUGUAUGGGCCCUUCUCGAUAAUGUUGCACAUUUUUGGAGCACGGGGAAGAAUGUCGGCAGCAAUGUCUCUGAGGAUACGACGUUUUUCAGACUCGGUGUAGGAUUGRAAAAACUCGGAAAGACGAAUCUUUCCUUGGCGACUCAUGAGAACAAUGAAGUUCCAUCCAACCUGGGCGUGUGCCGCGUUAAUUCCCUCGGGACUGCCAAGUGUAUCCAUUGUGAAAUAUUAUUAUCGUAUUUAUCGUGUUGUAUCUUGUUCGAGUGGCAACGUUUCCUUCUUUGACCUUGAAUUGAUUAAGACCCAAUUUUAUUUUCGUCUUUGCUAGCUCUCAGCAAAAACUGUGCACAACGACGUCGCAAAUGGAAUGAAGUGACACUAUUCAAUGGGGAUUGUCCCGACAACAAAGCUAGUGUAUUUUGAAAUGCAGUAACUCGUUGUAUUUCUCGUAUGGAACUGAUGCAAUCGUUGCUACGGUUCGUAUGGUAAGGCUGUCCGCGGGCAUAAAAAUGCGGUUUGGAUUUCUUUACUUCCUGAUUACUGUAUUUAUGACUGGUAUGACUGAGACGAUUAAAUUGUUUCAAAAACUCUGAAAUGACCCAAUCGACUCGAAGAUAAUAAAGUGAACAAAAUAAGUGCGGUAUGGUCCAUGAGUACUGUAACGUACGUACAAAAUAGAUCAUCAUCGUCAUCAUCAUAAAAAGCCUUCAAAUUGUUUUACUUCGUACCGUACUAUUUUACUCAGUUACAGGAUAUCGAACACGUGAUAUCGGAUGUCGAACGAUACGCAAUCGCAAUAGUGACUGAUGACAGAAAAUGCUCCRAGUACGAUACUGGUAACCUAGUACUGCACCGCACGACUCUGUUAGGUGUUCGAAAAUGUCGAAAGAAUGGCCGUAUCAAUAGCCUMGCAGGGAAAAUUUGAUCAUGGAGAUCCAAUCUGGAAUGCUUAUUCCUAUCGGGACGAUCAUUUUGGUCAUACUCCUUCAGAUUUCGUUCUGGUUUCCGACAGCGGAACGCAAAGAACGAGUUUCAGACGAAAAAACUAAAACAACUGCGAACACCACGUCCAUCGCUCCCGAUGAUCCAAGAGUUGCGAGWCCAUCGAGUGAUGAGAAAUCCUCYACACCGCAAGAGACAACCGAAGACAAACAAGGAAGGGGGGUCCGAAAUAUUACACGAAUUAUUCCACAAAAAAACAUUGCGCCAGAAAACUUUCAGUGCGUAUUCAUCACGGACGACAAACCUGGCGAGCAAACGCUGUCGCCCGAGAAUGGCAAUAAAUUGACGCCGAGRAGCAAUGACRGAGGSCAGAAUAMCGUAUCCACACURGGAAAGAGAUCUGUUUGGAAAUGUUCGUGCGAACUAGGAUUUUUGCCAGCGGGAAUGCUCAAGACGUUUGGCAACGCCGAAGCGAUCAUGCGACUGGGAGUGGGCCAGUGCUACCACAAGAAAUCGUGAAGAAUCGUUAGAAAACAAAUCAGGAACCUGUUGGRUUUCCUGUGGAGUUCUUUGUUCUGCGACCCUAUCGAGCACCAAGGGUGUCUGUAGGACUCAUGAUAAGAGACGAAUGGCAGUUUUCACACUACCAGUAACAUUAUACGGUCGAGCAUUGUACAUACUGGACACCCGUCGCCCGAAUCCCAGAUAGAAACCAAUCGAUGUCGAACCAAUCUCAUCUGUUCAUGGAACGAGCACGAUGACAGCAGUAGCUUAAACAAGAAGAAAGAUAAUGUAGCGAUCAUGGAUCGAUUCCAUUCCAAUCUUAUCUGAGCAACGGAGGCAACACGAAUGGAUGUUAAUGAUUUACCAUUCAAGCCUCACSAAUCUGUCGUUGUCGGCUGGAGCCACAUUGUUGGUAGCUGUUCAUAGAUGGCAGCUCUCCCAAUUUCUGAACUGUGCAUAGUGGAUUAAGACUGCCUUGGCAUACACCAAAUACUUUCUUGAGAAAUAAUAUURACAGAAUGAAGCAGUCAUGCAUAUUAUGUUAGUACUGUGAAUUCCUUGUUUGAAGUGAUAUGAAAUUGUUGUCGUCACUAGAUCCUGGUUACAAAAAUGUAUCAAGUUGCACCAUCCAUUUCUAAAUAUACCAAACCUGAAAUAAACAAUUCUCAUUMUU